GUCUGGUAGCAACCAUAGACAGUAAAGGUAGCAACAGGGAGCAGCUGUACGGAGUUUGCGGUAGUUGGGUAAAAUGGCGGAGCUCAAGGAAGAGGACGUCGGACAGCUACACCAGGAGGACGCCGAUGAUCGAGGCGGCAAAGACUUGCAGGCAGUGUCAGGUGCUGUCGAGGAGACAAACGGACAGACUGCUUCCAGCUCUGCCGCGUCCUGCGACAUCGUGGAGACAGAGGGCAGUCAUGGACAGACAUCUGUCACUGUUGGUCCAGAGAGACACAUUUCCAUCCAGUCCACCCUUGAGGGUUUGGAGAAUCUGGUGGACUUGAAUGGAGCUGGGAGGAAGUCCUGUCCGUUAUGCCCUGAGGAGAAAUUCAAGGCUUGCUACAGCCAUAAACUCAGACGACACUUACAGAACCUGCACUGGAAGGUUUACGUGGAGUUCGAGGGUCAGAAGAUGUGUAUAUGCCAUCUGCCCUGCCGCCAGCACCGCCCCAGUCCGGGUGCAGAUCAGGCUGCAGGGCGUUUGGUGGCCCACUAUCACUGUGUGGUGUGCUCUGUGACGAUUGCACGCAAGACAGACAUGAUCAGCCACCUGAAGCGCCACAUCAACAAGGGAGAGACCGAGGCCAGCUACUCACAAAACACCGACAUGAUGGACCAGGAGCCUGUCCGUGCAGGUCAGGCCUAUGAGAUCAUGAAGGAGUUGGGCACUAACGUCCAGCUGCUACCCAAUCACUCCACACCACAGAAGACCGACACAUACUUCAACCGCAAGAUGAAAACCAACCGGCAGCUUGUGUUCUGUUCACUGGCAGUUUUAGCAGAGGAGAGGAGUCCGCUAGAGUGUUUGGAUGCGUUUGGAGCCACAGGUAUCAUGGGCCUCCAGUGGGCCAAGCACCUGCGGGGGGCGGUGAAGGUCACCAUCAACGACAUCAGCGAGCCGUGCGUCAAGAUGAUCAAGGAGAACUGCCAGCUCAACCACAUCCGCGUGGACGGCUCCAGGACGACCCCACGGCCGGCUGAGGGCCAGGGCGACGCCGACGCGCCCUUCGCCACGGUGGAGGUGGUCAAGAUGGACGCCAAUGUCAUCAUGCACCUGCGAGCUUUCGACUACAUACAUCUGGAUCCGUUCGGCACGUCAGUGAACUACCUGGACGCAGCCUUCCGGAACGUGCGGAAUCUUGGGAUCGUGUCGGUGACGUCCACGGACACCGGCUCGCUCUACUCCAAGUCCCUCAACGUCACUCUCCGCCACUACGGCUGCCAGAUUGUCCGCACGGAAUACUACAGAGAGCUGGCAGCGCGCAUGGUGGUGGCGUCAGUGGCAAGGGCGGCGGCGCGCUGUAACAAGGGUGUGGAGGUGCUGCUGGCCGUGGCACUGGAGCACUUUGUGCUGGUGGUGGUGCGCGUGCUGCGGGGGCCCACGCAGGCCGACGAGGCCUCCAAGCGGCUCCGCCAGCUGCUGCACUGCCAGUGGUGCGAGGAGAGGGUCUUCCUCAAGCCUGGAAGCAUGGUGGAGGAAAGCCUCUACAGGCAGCUGCCAUGCCAGUGCCACGGGAGCAUGCCAGGCAAAACGGCCGUGGAGCUCGGCCCACUGUGGUCAGGUCCCUUGUUCAACACAGGCUUCCUGAGGCGUAUGCUGGUGGCUGCAGUGCAGCACAGUAUGGAGGACCUGCAGCCGCUGCUGAAGACGCUCAUCUGUGAGGCCGACUGCACCACCGUCAAGUCCUUCUCCGUCACUGGCACGCCAGGCCUCGUUGAGUGUGGUGUGGUCAUAAAGACUCUCCAGAAAGUGGAGGAGGCGGACUCGAACGACCAUUCAGGGAAGAGGAAGCCAGGAGAGGAUUCUGGGAGUGUGGUGAAGAAGCUGAAAACGGAGGCGUCUCAGGACCACCCUCCCUUCUACUACAGCAUCCACAGACACAGCAUCCGCGGCAUGAACAUGCCCAAGCUGAACAAGUUUCUGCAAUACCUGACGGAAGCCGGCUUCAGGGUCAGCCGCACGCACUUUGACCCCACAGGCGUACGCACCGAUGCCACCCUGGAGCAGUUCAAGUCUGUCCUGACCAAAUACAGCGUGCCCACCUACAGCAACACACAGUCGGGCGGGCACAGUGUGCCAGUAGCGACAGACGAGGCUGGCAGAAUGGUGAACUGAUGCCCACAUCUGAUAUCCAGAGCCAAAGACCACCACCUCACCACUCCACAUCAACUGGAUCUAGCUCUUCUGCAGGUGGAAGGGUUCUGACUGCACUGAGUUUACUUCCUGGUUCCACUUGGAAUGCUGGGAGUUGUAUUUUUUUGUAUUUUGGGGGGGGGGGGGGGACAUAAUCCCUGCAUAGAGAUCCGUAUUUUAAAUGCUUCAGCUAUCUCUUGCAUAUGAAAAAUAAAACUUUACUAAGUGAUAUGUUUCACUGUUCCAAAAAGAGCAAGCGAAAAGUGAAAAAGCAAAAAGAGAGAUCUCUUUUAGUUUCUCUAAGAUUGCACUGACCAUGGAUUCUCAUGGUGAGGAUGUUAUGCUAUGAUGACUGCCUGUGCUCUGUCUGUCAGCGAGAACCUGAGCCCUAUGUAGAGACAGAAAGUCCACUACUGAUGCCCAAUAUGUAUUUUUAAUCUGUGAUAUUGUUUUAAUUUCAUUAAAACAUCAUUAUUUAUCAGAUGGAUUCAAAUUAGUUAUCUCUCACUUCAGUGUGUCUGUAGACAUUAACUUGUCUGUGGGAGAGUUUCCUAUUUUUGUUUGAAAUAACUUUAUCUUUCAAAAUGAAUAAAAUUCAGGUUUCCAAUGCCUCUUAUUGUGAA